GAAACUAUUCGGAUUCUAAUCGAAUUGCCUGUUUGAAGCACAACACACUGGGAAGAUUUUCAGUAGCUGGCCUGAAGUCAAAAUGGGAAACGAGCAGUCGACUCAAAGGAAGCGGCAAAAGGCAAAUACUGUUGAGAAAAAUGUCCAAAAUGGAGAAAUGAAUGGGCAUGCAGUCCCACCUCCAGACUCACCUGAACCUGUGGCUAGCAAAGAAGCAGUAGUUCAGCAAAAGUGUGAAAUCCCACCAGAAACUGACGUAAAGAACCCAGAACCAUCAGCAGGUAAAGAGGAAGUGGACAGCAAUAAAGCCAACAAACCUGCACAUGUGGAAACAACCCCUGAGAAGGAAACGACAGCCGCAACUGAUGCAGAACCCAAAAAAGAGGCCCAAAAGCUCAUUGAGAAAGAGGUGACCAACAUCUUCGGUAAAAUGUUCAAAAAGAAGAGUGAACCGGUGAAAUCUGCUGCACAGAGCAAUGCUGCAGUUGAUGGUCAGGUCAAAGUGGCAGAUUUGAAAAUUGACCUGCAGACUGAAUCAGUGGACAUUAAGACAAGCACAGAGUCUGAGCCAGAGCCGAAAGAAAAAACUCUCGAAUCCAUUCUUGUGGAAGUCGCCGAAGAAAUUUAUCCAUCAGAGGACAUUAAAGAAGCAGAAAAAACAGUUAUGAACUUUUUCAAAACAUUUGUCAAUCCGACCAAAACAAGCAAAGAAGCCAAAGCUACUCCUGAUGCUUCAAAAGACCAGCCACAGAAGGAGACUCCACCAGCACCAUCAACAAAUGUACAGGAAGUACCCAAGGCACCUCCUCCACCUCCCCCAGCACCACCUAAGAUGGAAAACAAAGCAGAGCCAGUGGUGAAGAAAGAGGAAACGCCUGCAGCAGCUGCAACAAAAGCAUCAGACAGCUCGACCAAGACCAAACCCAAAGACAGUGCUUUCAGCAAACUCUUCCGUCCAAAGCCUGUUGUGGUGGGAGAGAAAAAGCCUGUUGAGGUACAGCAGCAGGUAGAUGCAUCUAAGACCAGCACCCUUGAGGCUGCUGCCAAACCCGAAGAACCUCCAGCACCCAAACCAGAAGAGAAGAAAAAAGAGAAAAAAUCAACUAUUGGAAUGUUCAAACCUAAGGUACUGCUAAGCCAGUUGAGCACAAGGAUCCAGGCAGCUGCAUCCAGCGCGGCCGCCAGCAUCACCCUUGCCGCUGGAUCGGCUCCAGAGCCCAAGAAGGAGACUCCAGCUGCACCUGCAGUGGUAGAAGUUGCUCCUGCCGUGAAGGCCAAAGAGGAGCCAAAACCCGCCACUCCAGCACCACCGGCAGCCCCAGACAACAAAUCAGUGGCAAGCUCAGCUAACGCCUCGCCCAACAUCCCUCGCAAAUUAGAGAAGAGGAACUCCAUGCAGCUGUUCUUCAAAAACCUGGGCCAAAAACGCCAUUCUGAUGCCGGAGUGCAAACGGACCCUGUGGCACCUGAGAAGGCCAAAUAAAACCCUGUCUUUGUUUUGAUCAGUCCUCUUUCCCACAAACAUUGACAACCAUGUGAAUAGGAAUACAUAUGUAAAUGUUAUAACGCAAGUUAAAGGUGAAGUGAUUAAUUUCUGUACCUCUAGUGGCAUCAAAUGGAAUUGCGAAAAUACUGAGUGUUUACAAACAGCUUUGCCAAACACAUCUUCCAUUGGUCAAACCAACAAAUAGUCCCGCCCCAAACUGACGGCAUUUGUUGGGAUGCUCAAACAAACAGAAAAAUUAUUUUAAUGCGCCACAGAGCCAUAGUAUUUAUCCAGCCAAUGGAUUGCUUACAGUUGUCUCUGCAUAUUAAGCUUCACCUUUAACUUGUAUUGACACUGUAGACCCUACUUAAUAAUUAUAAAGAAAUUAUGCCAUGAAACAUGGAAUCCCCAUGUAUUUAGUGAGAGCAGAAGUAAGUGUAAAGCUACUCCCUGUUUAGCAAGUGCUAUGUGUGUCUUUGAGAGGAGGGAAAAACUUUGUUUUUCCAAAGAAGCAAAACGUGUUGGAGUUGUAUGAUGUGGCAUGAGAUAGCCAAAACGAAAGUGAAAUUGUAAUUCUACAUUCAGAGAUAUACUGCAUUUUCUUUGUUUCCUUUGCAUGUUAAAACUAACACUAUUUAUCGACAUAAUAUACUCAUCUAACACCGGUUGCAUUAUGGCCACCCACAUGCAUGGUGCAUUAAUACUAUAGUGUACAUAGCAAACAUCAUGUGGUUGUUUCAUAUGCAGAGAAGGUAUUUAUGUGACCAUUCACUAUCUGAUUGUACAAACAAUCUGAUUGCAUGGACAGAAACCUACUCAAAGACCCAUUGUAUGCUUAAUUCAAUCAACUAUAUCACUGAAACCUACAAUGCCAGUUUGAAUUCCAACCUGAUUGUCUGAUCACAAAGUAAUCACAAUCAGUUUCCCCUCUUGGCAAAAAAAAAAAAAAAAAAAAAAGAAAAGAAAAAAAAUCACUGUUAUAGUUUCAUAUAUGCAAUUCUCCUAAUAUGUCACCAUAUAUUAUACCAACUUGCUUAGUUAUUUAUAUGAUGGUUUUCACAACCUUCACAAAUCUUUUGUUUUCAUUUCCACUCUACAAAUCUAACCAAACCUUUAUUAAUUUUAACCUGUUAAAUCACAUUCCAAAUAUUCUUCUAUUUUCUUGGCCGUCCCUUUAUAACCGGGGAGACUAAAAAUAAUUAAGAUGUCAUUCAUUUUUGCUAUUUAAAUUUUAUUUUAUAUUUGAAUGCAUCACUUGCCAUUAGGACAUUAUGUAAUAUGUUAUACAAUUAUGAAAUAUACUGUACAAAACACAUCAUAUGUGUCUCAAACUUUCUGCUACAUAUUAAAUGUGUUCAAUUCAUAUGUUUUCUGGUUUCCCUAUUUUUCCAAAUUCUUGUCUACAUUUGUAAAAUUGUAGAGGGUCCUAAUUCAGAAUUCACACUUUAUCAAUUCUUUAUCUCUUUUGUUGCAUUUUUGUCAAGUUAACCAAUUCAUAAAAAUAAAAGAAUCAUUUCUC